AUGUCCUCCUACUUUUUCUACAGGUUGAUGGAAAACUAUACCUUAAACAGCCUUACUCUCCAGAUAGAAGGGUUAGAGGUCACAGAGACAUUUCUGUACCCUGUGUUUUUCUUCUUCCUCUUUUCUUACCUGGGAAUAAUGUUGCUGAAUGUGGGGAUUGUGAUCCUCAUUUGCAUGGACAGAAGCCUCCAUCAGCCCAUGUACCUGCUCUUCUGUAACCUGCCUCUUAACGACAUUCUAGGCGUCUCCUACAUGAUUCCCCGCCUGAUGUCGGACAUCUUGCUGCCGCCGGCUGAGCGCCUCAUCAGUUACUAUGAGUGUGUUGUUCAGGCUUUCUGUUCCCACAUGUUAGGCACCACGUCCCACACCGUGCUGAUGAUCAUGGCCUUCGACAGAUAUGUUGCCAUCUGUAAUCCUCUGCGUUACUCUGCGAUAAUGACCAACAGGAUGGUGGUGAAACUGACCGUCUCUGCCUGGGGGUCGGCCUUUGUUCUGGUCGGGAUUCUGCUGGGUUUGACGGUCCGGCUGAACCGCUGCAGGACUCUGAUCACCAACCCAUUUUGUGACAACGUCUCACUGUUCAAGCUGUCCUGUGAGAGCGUAGUGAUCAAUAACAUCUACGGCCUGACCUUCACCGUGGUUCUGUUCACCUCAUCCAUUGGCAGCAUCGUCCUCACCUACACCAGGAUCACCAUGGUCUGUCUGACCAGCAGGAACAAGUCGAUAAACACUAAUGCCCUGAAGACCUGCAGCACACACCUGGUUGUGUAUCUUAUCAUGCUUUUCUGUGGUAUUCUUAUUAUAGCUAUGCAUCGUUUCCCUCAGUACUCAGACCAGAGGAAAAUUUCUGCCAUCUUGAUCCAUAUCAUUCCCAGCAGCCUCAAUCCCAUCAUUUACGGAGUUCAGUCAAAAGAAAUCAAGAAAUUCCUGUCCAGGUUUUUCCAGUCUAGGAAGAUUUUUUCUUGGUCUUAAAAACCAAUAUGUGUUCAAGGAGUUAAUCCAGGAUGACUCUACAGUAGAGGUGUUCCGAUUUAUUGGCCCUGAUUUCCUUAAUCCUAGGAGAUUGGCAAUAGGCCUGUACUUACAUGAGAAGCCGAUCUUAUCCUCUGACCUUAUUUAUCUCAGCAAAGGUAUAGAGAGCGACUUUCCCUUAUUGCUCUCUCAUGAGAGAGGUCAGGUCUGAAUGUUUGCAGUUAAUAAUCUGAACUCUGAACUGACCUCUGCGUCUCAGAACCACUUCUCUGUGUCCACCCAUAACACGCAUCCUAGUUAAGAAACACUUUAGGCUUUUUUUUUUUUUUUACCAGCAGCAUGUUACAAAAACCCAGUUAGUUUCAAGUUCUUUGGUCAAAUUUGUGAAAAAUCCUCAAGCUAACAGUUUGAAAGAAAACAUAAUAUUACCUCCAACAAAAUGAUUUCUUAAGAAGCUUUCACAUCUCGUUGUAUGGUUAGAAGAUGGUUAGAAGAAAACACGGUGGAGACUCUGGAGUGGCCUAGUCAAAACCAAGGCCUCUUCACAUCUGAUCCCCAGCAACCUGGCAGAGGUGGCCCAGUUUAGUAGGAAGAAUGGGGAAAACUCAGCAGCCUGACUGAUUCUCUGCUGGAGCGGCAGCCAGAGGUGCCAAUGUAAAAUACUGACUGGAAAGGAGGGAACACUUAUGCAAUGUCUUAUUUUACGUAGAAUAUUAUCAAUUCACUAUCAUUAUUUCAGCAGGUUUUACUUUGACAAUUAAAGCUGCUGCAUGUAACUUUUUCUUUUAAAAAUAUUUGUUAAACUAGUCUGAGCAGGAUUGAUGUAUUUUUGUGACUAGGAGCUCAUGGAGG